AUGGCUAGCAACCGUCUUCGUCGGAUCGGAAAGGAGAUUGCGGAUAUUCAUGCCGACUCCCACUCCCAGAUCAAAGCAGAGCCGUUUUACAGCAAUGAUGAUGUGACACACCUCAGAGGAUCAUUCCCAGGCCCACCCGGAACUCCAUACGAGGGAGGCACCUACAACAUCGAGAUUAAGAUCCCCACCGAUUACCCUUUCCGUCCGCCUACCAUGAAGUUUGAGACCAAAGUAUGGCAUCCAAAUAUCAGCAGCCAAACGGGUGCAAUUUGUCUUGACACGCUUUCCAGUGCCUGGUCACCAGUCCUGACCAUUAAAUCGUCUCUGCUUUCAUUGCAGUCUUUGCUCAGCACGCCUGAACCCAAAGAUCCUCAAGAUGCAGAAGUGGCUAAUAUGCUCCUCAAGACACCCAAAGAGUUUGAGCGAGUUGCCCGCAACUGGGCAGUCAUCUAUGCUGGCGCCCCAACGAGUGACGAUGGCAAUGGAAGCGGAUCUACCGUUGACGAGGUUCAACUAGGAGCUGUCAAAGAUAGUCUGGCAAAAUAUGAUGGAUAUAAUAAGGAUUUAAUUGACCGUUUCGGCAGCAUGGGCUUCGAUGUCGAGCGUGUGGUGGCCGCAUUCCGCUUCGCAGGGGCCGAUCAAAAUGGAGGUCAAGAUUACGAAUUGACCGAAGGUCAGAUGGGUGACAUUACUACCCGACUUCUUGGUGAGUGA